CGAGUACACUGCAUAUCGGGAAGCAGCAGAUGCGUAAAAUUAUAACAAGAAACAUUUUUACCUAAAUGACGCGGUAAUCGUUGCUAAUUCAGCCUACCAGGAAAGCAGCAAGAUGUGGAGCAGCAUCGCGUGGCUCCUGCUCCUGGCGGCAACUGCACACACAUCGCCAAACAGUGAACAUGUUCCUCCUCUACCUCUAAACAUAAGCAAAAACACAAACAUAACAAAUGAAACCUUAACUAGCAAUAAUAACAAAGUGCCUACUUCCAACGCUGCCGCCGGCUACAUGCCGCUUCAGCAGACAUCAGCAGGUGUUUUCUUCGUUAACUAUAAUCAGCAAAACUUCGUGCAACUGAGGCACAAUGUGGAGAAUAAGUUGCACAGUAUACGUAAUGUGGAGAUGCUCGUUACCAAGAUACAGGAAAUCUUCGACUCGAUACAUUUUGCCAGUUCUGUAACUACCCGGCUGUCGUCUGGUAACGGCAACGAGACCGUGCAGCAGGAUCUGCAAGCAUUCAGCCAGCGUCUGGGACGCAAGCUGCAAAGGGCCACACAUGUUGUACUGGAGCUGCGUGAUUUAUUGCGUUUUAAUCUAAGCAAUGUGCUCCUACAGCAGCACAGCUAUGACGACGAAGGGGACGAUGACCUAGAAAGUGAAUUUGACUUUGAAGUGGAGGAUGGGGAUAGCAACAAUGCGGCCGUCAACAACGAGCACAUGCAUCUCUACUUGAACACGCAAAUCGAAAACUGUCAACUAUACUAUGAGACCAAUAUGGAUACCGUAUCCUCGGGCUCUGCUCAUUACAAUAAACAGCAAAUACAAAUCUUAAACUAUCUCAAGUCGGAUGAGGCGUCACGCGCCACAUUCCUCAACGAGAACAGUGGACGCUCCCUUGCCGCCAAUAGCUACAUAGCUGAUCAGCUAACCAUGCUGAGGCAGCGCCUAAGCAGUAGCCCAGGCGACAACGAGCCAAGCAGCAGCAGCAGCAACAAAAACAAACCCAGCAGCAGCAGCGUCAGCGUCAGCCACUUUAAGCACAUCUAUUUCCUCUCCAGCAGCGAUGGUGCCUCAGGCAGUGCACAUUUUCGUCGCCUGUACGUUUCGGCUAUAAAGCGCAAGUUUGUGAUGCUACUCAUCGAUGUGGGAUCUGCAUUGAAUGCCGAGCUGUUUGAGAUCACCAAAAGCUUUGUUCAGGAGGUUCUGCUGUUGUUGGAGGACACCGACUAUGUGUCGUUCGUGACUGUUUCCAGCGAGGCCGACUUUAUGUAUCUGGAUGCGUUUCCUGCGGAAGCCGUACACGGCAUAUAUAGCGCUACACGUGCUCAUAAGGACGAGAUUCUUAGCUAUGUGAAUAACCUGAGCCUGGGACGUGGAAUGACCAAUCAUACGCUGGGCUUCGAAUAUUCAUUCGAGCUGCUGCAUCGACUGCAGCAAGCACGGCUGAUUAAUGUUUCCGAGCAACCCAUUGAGUUUGUUUAUGUGACGCGUGGACUGCUAACAAAUCUAUCGGAUGCCAUGCACGUGCUACGUGUCUUGGCCCAGGGCCAGAGUCGUCUGCUGUCGCCAGUUAUCAUCAAUACCUGUGCCGUGGUGCUAGACGAGAAGCGCAUAAUGUACGAAAAACAGUUUCUGAGCGAUAUAGCUACGCAAAACUAUACCAAGUUCGACAUUGAUGUGCGCGCCUGGCUGCCCGCCGGCCAGGAGGCGCAAUUGGCAGGACGCUUCUUUGUGCUGAAUAAGAUGCGUGCGGAAACAAUACCUCGGGCGAGCAGUCGUGUCUUUGGUCAGCUCUUCACAGAGCGCUUUCUCACGGAUACACUGGAAGUGCACCAGCCCGUUGUGGAUGUGGACAGCGGAGACGUUCUGGUUGCCAUUACACAUGCCGUGCCGCCCUACGGCGUUGUGGGCGUCAAUUUGUACUUGGCUGAUUUAUUGGAGGACCUGCUGAACUACCCAAAUGCCUCGCCGGCUGCCAAACAGGGCUUCAGCUAUGCCUUUCUGUUGGAUCGCGACAACGGAAAUACGUUGGCCCAUCCAGCUUUUCCUCGCCCACUCAUACAGCGCGAAACAGCAUUUCCAGUAAGUAUUGCUUACCUCGAGAACGCGACAGACUUUGCCAGCAUUCUUAAGCGUCUGCUGCAUGAGGAGCGCGGCAACGCCAGCACUGCCAUCUACCUGGGUCGCCAACAGUUGUUGCGAACCUAUCACUGGCAAUCCGUGCUGGGCAUUUAUGUACUGUGCCUGGUUAGUACCGCAAGCAUCAGCGGCUCUGCCGCCCACAAUGCAACCGCUCCGCUCCAGCGCUACAAUCGAAUGGAUGCGGUGUCUACCUAUGAGUCUGGAUACUAUGGGGACAUCAAGGACCUGUUGUAUCAUCGGUUGGAUUUGAUGCAAAACGGUGGCAGUGGCACGCCCACAACCUGCCGCUACUUCAGGCAGCUGGCCACAAUGGAUGCACCCACUCUUUUCCUGAGUGCUGCCGCCUUUAAUUCGCCCUUUGCAUUUCUGCACAACAAUCGACCACGUACGCAGCUGCGGCACGUGGAGUCCAUUAUGGCGUAUCUGCGCGACUCGAGUGGCCUGCUGGCUAAUCCCGGCCUGCGUGCUCGCAUACGGCAUGAGGUUGGCGUCUUGUAUCAAGCCAUGCAACUGUUGCGACGGCGGCAUCAGGAUCCGGCUGGAUCGUUGCGUAGUCACAUAAUCAGACGCUACGUAGCCAGUGUCAGUGGCGUGCUGCAACUGUAUCCGGGCUGCCUGUUGAGCAGCAGCUAUGAUGCAACACGACGUCCUUGGUUCCGGCAGGCGAUGGCACAGCCGGGGCGCAUUGUGAGCACGGCGCCGUAUCUGGACGCAGGCGGCGCAGGCUAUAUUGUGACCAUAGCGCAUACAAUAUUCGAGGGCAAGGCGGAUGCACUGCACUCGGCCCAGCAGGAUCGGCCGGUGGCUGUGGUCGCACUGGAUGUACCCUACGCCUUCUACUAUCGCCUCAUAUUGGACAGCACGCCGCUUUGCCAGCUGCCGCACAUGAAGUGCCUACUUUUCGAGCACGAAGGCUAUUUGCUGGCGCAUCCCAGCAUGCUGCAGGUGUCGACAUCGACACGCAAUCAACGCCGCCCGCACGAGCACUUGACGCACAAGGAAUCCUAUCUGGCCAACGAUAUGCUAAACCAUGGACAGCUGGUGCGCAAACUGGGCUGUGCCAGCUAUCAGAAUCGCACGCUGCAACGCUACUACGCCUUCAACACAUCCUUGGCUACAAUUCUGGGCAAUGUGGUGCAUGGAGAGCGCACCAAGUACGCCAUUGGCCUGAUACGGGGCAGCAAUCUGUUCGCGGCGGUGCUCAACUCUAGCUGCGAUGGCGGCGCCUUUUGUCCGUGCAGCACCAUCGAUCGCGUUUGCCUGAACUGCAAGCGUAUGGAUCAAACGGACUGUGAGUGUCCCUGCGAGUGUCCCAUGCUGCCAAGCUCUGGUGCCAGCGAUCCGCACGAUUAUGCAAACUAUACGAGACAAUUUCCCUACUGUUCACCGCCCAGCGAGCAUUUCCUUGCACUGCCGCCUACAACACAACUCUUAACCAGUCUACCAAGCUGUGCCGCUGCUGCUGCUGGAGGCGGCUGCGAGGCGUAUGCUACUCAGCGGGAAUGCCUCGGCGUGAUGGGCUGCGAGUGGUGCCAGCAGGAUGUGGAGGGAAACGGCUUCGGUGCGGCCUUCUGCUCGACACAAGCGGGAUGCUUUAAUGGCGUGCUAGCCUCUCUGACGCCCUAUGGGGAACUGGAUGAAUUGGAGAUGUUGGCCGCGCACAAUCCACAGCGGGAGCAGCAUGCGUACUCCGCCUUUGGACCACUUGGUGGCGCCAUUGUUGUGCUUGCCGUGGUAAUUGGCUUUGCCAUAUAUUGCUACAGGCACAAUUUGGACACACAAGCACAGGAGCAGUUCUACGUGGAUUCGGUGCAGGAGGAGAAUUACGGGCUGCCGUUGUCGCGUUUCAAUUUCGAUGAUUGCCAGGCGCACGAUGAGCCGCCCAUGGGUGGAUACGAUCAUGCUGCUGCCCAGCGUCAGCUGAUGCAUGCCGCUGACAUUUCGCCAUAUCAUAUGUCGAGUGGCAGCAGCUACUAUCGCCGGCCGCCGAAUGGUGAAUCGGAUCAUGGCUAUAGCACCAUGACACCACACGAGGAUAGCUCCGAUCAGCAGUGCUUUACGUUGGCGGAGCCACUGCUGCUGCACGACAAGCGGCACAGCAAAUCGGACACCAUGUCCAUAUCAACAUCCAUAUCGAGCCCAACCAACCGUCAACAGUCCACAACGCAUCCCUAUUUAAGCAAUCAGCCGGCUUCCAAAACGGAGCGCUAUAAACAGCAGCAGCAGCCACAGGCGACGCCAUCGCCAUGUCGCGGCGCAGCUGCUGUUUACGGCCAGACGACACUCCCGCUGGAUGCGGAGGAGCCACGUUCCCACUACAUACUGGCGCCGGUGACGGUGCAUCGGCAUAUGGAAACCGCCGAAACAUAGUCCCAGCUAGUUUGUUAGUUUGCAAUACUAUUAAGACGUCCGCUUGUUUGCCAAUUUGGUUAUUUUGUACUAAGGUCUGGGGGAAGUUCAACUGCCCCAGUGCAGCGCGGUUUGAGCAGCGCUGCUACAGUUUGAGCAGCAUAGGUCGAAGCCUAUCACAUUCACACAUACAAAAUGCCAGCCAAUUUAGUAUUUAAGUCGUUUAUGUCGUUAAUAACUUUGCCAUUUUUGUCCAUAUACACGUUUGCGUGUACUGUAAUUUAUUGCAAAAAGUAUUAUUAUGCAGCUACUUCCAAUAUUUUUAGCAUUUAUUGUUAAGCACUAAAUCAACUAAUUGUACUUAUUGUCAACCGUGACAAACGACUCGAAGCAAGAGUAUGCAUUUUUGUAAUAGUUUUUAAGUCUAUAAAGUUACUAACUAUCGAUUUUAGUAAAUAAACACACACAAAUUGUGUUUCCAAUAAAAUGUUUAAAUUUUACAGAACAAAAAUGAAAAGAACAAAAAAAUCCCUCAGCCUUGAUUUAGAGCGAAUUGUCA